UAUCUAUUGGCGAGUUUUUUCUCCUUCAUUCGUAAGUGUAACCAACACAUACAUAUUGCCUCCAUUUUCUUGUGAUAAUGUAAUCAAAGCACCAUCCUCUUAUCAGUAACCCGCCCAUACUGGCAAAGCUGGUCACUUCUGUAGCCGGAGAUCGGUGGUCGUCCGCCAUUGUUAGCUCCCUUAUUUGAGCUCAGGAUUGAACGCUUCUUGCAUAUUCAGCAUCCUCUCCUUUCUCGUUUUGCAGGUAGGUGGAAUAAUCUGUGUCAACGGCAGUCCGGCAAUGGAGCAUUCUUUCCGAGAUGACAUAGCUCCACAUGGUUCCGAGGAAGAAUGGAAUCGACGUAAAUCUUUCUCUGGUGCUGCAGCUGACACGGAUUCUAACCAAUCCACUGGUUUUGAUUGCUAUAUCUGCCUAGACCCUGUGCAGGAUCCAGUGGUCACGCUAUGCGGUCAUCUCUAUUGCUGGCCCUGCAUUUACAAAUGGCUCGAAUCUCAGGGAAUUUCGUCGGAAGACAAGGACCAGCCACAGCAAUGCCCCGUCUGUAAAUCCGAAAUUUCACACAACGAUCUCAUCCCACUCUAUGGCCGUGGACAAGCUACGAUAAACUCAAAGACGAAAGCCCGCCAACUAGGAAUUGCUAUUCCCCGGAGACCACUGGGUCCUGUGUCCGGCCCUGGUGCACCGCUGAGAUCGAUCACUGCAGCUCCUACCUCUAGUCUCCGCCCAACUCGGGAACUCCACAGUCGAGGUUACCUGCCACAAUCACAACCUUAUAUUUCCAACCUGGGGCAUUUUCCUGCUCCAGCAAUGUUUGGCAACACAACCAUGAGGGUUAUCGACCCUAUUGUCGGGAUAUUCGGGGAAGUAGUCCACGCGAGGAUUUUCGGGAACGCAAUAACGAAUAUAUACACUUAUCCAAACGCGUAUCAUCUAGACAGCACCAGUCCGAGGGUGAGGAGGCUCAUGAUGCAGGCGAACAAGUCCCUCAGCAGGAUAUGUUUUUUCUUGUUAUGUUGCUGCAUCCUAUGUCUUCUCUUGUUUUAACUGUCCGAUUGUCUCGGCCAUCCAUCUUGCAAGAAUUGAGAAAUACGCCAUACGGAAGAAAUGGUCCGAACCGGCGUAUCCUUGUGCUGCAAUGCACUACUAUGCAAACGCUGGAUUUCUCAUGAGUUUGGAGAUUUGGAAUGGAUAUAAAAUGAACGUCUUUCAAGUUUUCGCGUUACUAUGUGUGCAAACGGAAAUAAGCAAAAAUCUUCAUAAAGGUAUUACGGUCGUGUGGAGAAAAAAGUCAUUUUAUGUAA